CCAGAAGCUUUAGUUGAACAACUCAUCUCUCCGCUUUCUUCGGGAGAGGGCAAGCCAAGCGAAGCGGCGGCGGCGGCGGCGAAGGGGUUGACGUCAUCGUCUUCCACGGUUCCUCGAUCGCGGCGAUGGCGGCCCGGGCGUCGGCGAGGUUCGUGCAGCGCAGGCUCCUGUCCUCCGGCGGCAAGGUCCUCAGCGAGGAGGAGAAGGCCGCCGAGAACGUCUACAUCAAGAAAAUGGAACAAGAGAAGCUGGAGAAGCUUGCACGCAAGGGUCCCAGCUCAGGAGAGCAAGCUUCGUCAACCACGAGUGCAGCAAGUGACGUAAAGGCCGGAGGCGGGGCAACAGAGUCAACAUCUGCUGGUGUGUCGACGGACAAGAACAGGAACUAUGCUGUCCUGGCAGGCACAGUUGCUGCCUUGGGUGGCCUGGGUUGGUAUCUCUUGUCAAAGCCUAAGAAGACGGAAGAGGUCGUGGACUGAAUGUUGUGAAUGGGAUCUCCGGAUGCUCUGCCUUGUCAGUCUCACCCAUGGACCUGUCUCUACCUUUGUUGUGGAAAUAAUUGUUGAAUGUACGCUGCACUAGUUCUGAAUUUGAUGCAUCACCAGACUUUCAAGUACGCACUCUGAGACCUUCUGUAGUUUUUUCCCCUCAACGUGACAGACUUUCAAGAGGUUUUUCUUGGGUACUGCUCUUUCGAAUGAAUAUGCCAGAGUGUAUGCAUUGUCAUCUGCCUCGGUUUCGCUUC